CGCGGCACCCGGAAGUCGGCAGCGGCGGAGGCGACUGUGUAACCCUGUGUGAGCAAAGCCACCCUCAGGGACCGAUGUGCAUCAUCUUCUUUAAGUUCGAUCCUCGCCCUGUUUCCAAAAAUGCGUACAGGCUCAUCCUGGCAUCCAACAGGGAUGAAUUCUACCACAGGCCAUCCAAGGUGGCAGAAUUCUGGGGCAACAACAAUGAGAUCCUCAGUGGGCUCGACAUGGAGGAAGGCAAGGAAGGAGGCACAUGGCUGGGCAUCAGCACUCGGGGGAAGCUGGCAGCGCUCACCAACUACCUGCAGCCGCGGCAGGACCCAGAUGCGAGGGGCCGAGGUGAACUGGUGGCCCACUUUCUGACCGCAGACAUGGACAGUUUUUCCUACUUGAAGAAGGUCUCCACAGAGGGUCACCUGUACAAUGGCUUCAACCUCUUAGCAGCCGACCUGAGCACAGAGAAGGGAGAUGUCUUCUGCUACUAUGGAAACCAGGGGGAGCCCGAACCCAUUGUCCUGGCGCCAGGGACCUAUGGGCUGAGCAAUGCGCUGCUGGACACGCCUUGGAGGAAGCUGUGCUUUGGGAAGCGGCUCUUCCUGGAGGCUGUGGAGCGGAGCCAGGCCCUCCCUAAGGAAGUCCUCGUGGCCCAGCUUCUGGACGUGCUCAACAACGAGGAGGCGCAGUUGCCAGACCCGGCCAUUGAGGACCAAGGCAGGGAGUAUGUGCAGCCCAUUCUGAGCAAGUAUGCGGCUGUGUGCGUGCGCUGCCCAGGCUACGGCACCAGGUACGGCGGGCUGCUGGGUGCAUCUGGUCCUGUCUCACCAGGAACCUGGCCUUACCCGAGCUCUGUGGAUCCCAGAGCCUCUGCCUUAUCUAGAAGUGGAUGCCGUUUCAGCUCAGGGGGCUGUGGGAACCAACACGGUCAUCCUCGUGGACGUGGAUGGGCAUGUGACCUUCACAGAGCGCAGCAUGCUAGACAAAGACCCUUCCCGCUGGGAGACCAGGACCCACGAGUUUACGCUGCAGAGCUAAGACCUCCCCCUGAGUGCAGCCAGCAGGCUCCUGUAAGGCCCUGCCUUGAGCACUGGAUGGGAACCUUCCACAGCACAGGCACUGCCUGUGUGUGACUUGGCCAGCAUCUCUCAGCACCAGGGCCCUCUGAUUUGUGUGUGAUCUGUCUGUGUCCCAGUAUCCAGCUCGAAGUCCAUCCUUAUGCCAGUGGGAGUGGCAAGUCCCACACAGCCAGGUCAGGGGCAGGGCCAGGUGCAUUCACACAUGCACAGCACACCUGGCCCUGCCCCCUCCCCAUGCAUAGAGACACCCACGCAAGGCACAUGCUUACAUACAUGCCUACAGGUGUAUAGGCACACAUGUACACCCAUGGUGCACACACACACAGGCACAGGCACAGGCAAUAGAUGUGUGCACAGUUGCUGGAACACACACAUGCUCCCAGGCAUACACACAUGUGCUUGUGCCAGACAGGCAGAGGUGUGCCUCUCACACCCACACUCACUUCUGGCCAGUGGAUCUUUGGCUUUGAUCAAAAACAACAGGAGUAGACCUUUGUCUAGAAGUGUCCCCUUCUCUCCUGGACAUGGUCCAGAUCCUGACAACCAGACCGGCUCUUGGAGGACAGACUGGCCACAUUCUGAAUGAGGAAUGAGGAAGAACCAAGGAAAACCUUCUCUCAUCACAGAAGCACAGUCUGGUUGGUGGAUCCAGUGGUCCCGUGUGCAUGGGGCUGUCCCAUGACUGGAGUCCUGCAUGUGCUGGGCACCCAGCAGCCUGUCAGACCCUCCCUGCCCACUGGUCGUGGGUUCUGGGCAGGCCCAUCUCAGCGAGGGGACACAGCCAGCCCCUGCCCAUCCCUCCUCUUUAGGCGAAUCACACUUCACAGGAAUCUGUACUUGAAUGUGAGACGUUGACAAUAAAACGCUGAGGCUAUGGUGAGUCCA